GGCGCCGCGGUCUGCGCCUACGUGCGCAUGGUCUUCCUGGCGCUCUACGUGCUGUUCCUCGGCGACGAGGAAUUCGACGUGGUCGUGUGCGACCAGGUGUCUGCCUGUAUCCCAGUCUUCAAGCUGGCCAGACGGCGUAAGAAGAUCUUGUUUUAUUGUCACUUCCCAGAUCUGCUUCUUACCAAGAGAGAUUCUUUUCUUAAACGUCUAUAUAGGGCCCCAAUUGACUGGAUAGAAGAAUACACCACAGGCAUGGCUGACUGCAUCUUGGUCAACAGCCAGUUCACAGCUGCCAUAUUUAAGAAAACGUUUACGUCCCUAUCUCAUAUAGACCCCGAUGUCCUCUACCCAUCUCUGAAUGUCACCAGCUUUGACUCAGCUGUCCCUGAAAAACUUGAUGAUCUAGUCCCCAAGGGGAAAAAAUUCCUGUUCCUCUCCAUCAACAGAUACGAAAGGAAGAAAAACCUGACUCUGGCACUGGAAGCCCUAGUAAAGCUGCGUGGAAGAUUGACAUCCCAAGAUUGGGACAAGGUUUAUCUGAUCAUGGCUGGUGGUUAUGAUGAGAGAGUCCUGGAGAACGUGGAACACUAUCAGGAACUGAAGAAAAUGGCCCAGCAGUUUGACCUUGACCAGUCUGUGACCUUCUUGCGAUCUUUCUCGGACAAACAGAAAAUCUCACUCCUCCAUGGCUGCACGUGUGUGAUAUACACACCAAGCAAUGAACACUUUGGCAUUGUCCCUUUGGAGGCCAUGUACAUGCAGUGCCCAGUCAUUGCUGUCAAUUCAGGCGGGCCUUUAGAGUCCAUUGUCCACAGUGUUACAGGGUUUCUAUGUGAGCCUGACCCAGUGCACUUCUCAGAAGCAAUAGAAAAGUUCAUCCAUGAACCUUCCUUAAAAACCACAAUGGGACUGGCAGGCAGAGCCAGGGUGAAGGAAAAGUUUUCCUCUGAAGCAUUUACAGAACAGCUCUACCAAUAUGUCACUAAACUGCUGGUAUAGUCAGAUGUUUUUAAGGUCUUUAUGCUAUAUUCGUUAAUGUCAUUUUAUAGAUUGUAGACCCAGUUUUGAAACCAUAAAAGAAACCUAGAAUCUAGUGUUGAAGAGUUUAAAAAAAAAAAAAUACGCUUGAAUCUGAGCCACCUUCCUAUAUACCACACCUUCCCGACUCCUUUUUCAGAAAAACAAUAUAUUUUACGUUAAAAUAA